CAAGGAUCUCAUAUCCCUUUUCUACUCUCAUUAUUCCCAUCCUCUUUGCCUUGCCCCCACUCCCAUUUUCUUCCAUCUCUUCACUUUUCUAAAGGGCUUUUUCUUCUUUGGAGGCAAAAUGGCCAAUGCGGCAUCCGGAAUGGCGGUGAGCGAUGAGUGCAAGCUGAGGUUUUUGGAGUUAAAAGCUAAGAGGAUUUACCGUUUUAUUGUCUUUAAGAUUGAGCAACAACAAGUGGUGAUUGAUAAACUUGGUGGACCUAAUGAGAGCUACGACGAUUUCAAUGCUAGUUUUCCUCCAAAUGAGUGUCGUUAUGCUGUCUACGACUUUGAUUUCACCACUGAUGAAAACUGUCAAAAGAGCAAGAUUUUCUUCAUAGCUUGGUCACCGGAUGCAUCAAAGGUGAGAAUGAAAAUGGUUUAUGCAAGUUCGAAAGAUAGAUUCAAGAGAGAAUUGGAUGGGAUUCAAUUCGAGUUGCAAGCAACAGAUCCUAGUGAAAUGAGCUUGGACAUUGUUAAGAGCCGAGCCUUCUAAACAAACAUUUAAUUAAAUUAAGUACUCUAUUUUUUUAUUACAUCAUUCAUUCAUUCAUUGUUACCUUCUUGCCUUAUUCUUUCUUUCGUCGUUUCAUUCAAACAAAACCCCUGUAUAAGAAAGAUAUAAUGUCGUUUCUUCUGUGACUUGAGAAAUUUUCAUCGAGAGUUCUUAGAACAUAUCAUUUAUUGGGCUGGUAAAAAGCUAGAGCAAUAUUUAUUAUAAAUAUAACAAUAGUAAUAAAUAUUGCUCAUAUUUAAUAGCUAGUACUAGUAGAAUGGUUUUGAGGCUCUAGGUUACUUUUACUUGCUUUUCGAACAUAGACUGUUAUGAAUAGCAUAGUAAUCUUCUUUUUUUUUUUGGACUGUAUCAAAUGCUAAUCAGCUUAAUUUGAAUAUCCAAUGCUCAUAUUAUAAGUU